AAGAAGAAGAGUUGGUAAUGGUCUGUAUUUAUAUAGAGCUUUUCUAGACUUGGUGAGCUGCUUUACUCUACAGUUUUCACCCCUUCACAAGUGUCUUGCUCAAGGACACAUAGAUGGACUAGCAGAGCCCGAAAUUGAAACCAGACGCUUCCAGUUGAAAGACAACUCAUGGCUCAAUCCUUACUCUUCACUUUUACUAAUAAAGCUUAAGUACAUUUUAUAUCAGAAAAUGACUUUUGAUACGUAAGUACAGUGAACGUCAAAUAUACUUUAAGACUUUUACUUAAGUAAUAUGACCAAAAAAAGUGACCUCAACUUCUACCUAAGUCAUUUUCUGGUAAGUUGCUUGUACUUUUACUCAAGUAUCCAUUUUAAAUACUUUAUACAAGACUGACUACAGAAGAUCUCACUGGAUACUACUCCACCCAUGUUAUUACAAGUGCUGUUUCCCUAAUAAUAAAGUGUGUGAAUACAUUUUGACUGCAUAACAUAGUGCACAUAGUGUUCCACAGGCUAACAAACAUGAGUAUGUUUUAAAAUUCUUCCAGGACUGUUAUAUGUGGGUGGACCUGGACCACUUCACACGGGAAGACGAAACUUCUGAUUACAAAUCCCUCCGCCGUUGCAAUAACGUAGUUCCCAUCAAAACACAAGGACGUGUAUCGAUUCCUUCACGUUAUAUUCUUCUAUACGACAACUAUACACUGUAGGGGUUCAUGGAGCAGGUCAGGCUACAGUUUUAACUACUUACCAUCGUUCACGUACCGAUCACAGAUCAACCGUGAGCGUGAUGAGACAUCUGCUGCUCCAGAUGUGACUGAGCAGCUCCGUCCGCGAACAGCAGAUUCAGUGUGACAACGGUCCGAUCAGUCUGUAAGAUGUCUGUGCAGCUUUACUCAGCGAGUCAACCUGGACCAGAGUGGACUGAUGCCACUCUUCCAAGAACCACUGUCGGGGGCAACAAACCUCUACAUCGUUUCAUUAAAGGGCAGCCCAAGAUUCUUGGUAUUGUUAUUUUGAUCUUGGGCACAGCUUUCAUUAUGAUUUCCAUCGCACUGUGGGGGGACAACCUGCAUCUGUCUUUGUACAUCAUCCUCCCACCUGGCUUCCUGCAGGGAUCACUGUUCAUCGUAUGCGGGAUUCUGUACAUUCUGACUGAGCACAAUCCAACAAAGAAAACCGUUACCACAUCGCUGGCUCUGAGUGUUGUGACUGCGCUGGCGGCAUUGUGGAGUUUACUGUUAAUCCUGGCUGACUUGGGUUACAGCCACAGCGCCCACUCGUACCAUUUGGAAUACAAUUCUACAGAGUAUGAAGAUACUUCACAUUACGCGUCCAUGGAAAUAUUCUUGGGGAUAAUCCUUGCAUUCUACACCAUGGCUGGUGUAAUUAUAGUUAUUGUGAUGUCAACGCUGGCAACUGUUGCCCUACGUUCCACAAAGUGCCAGGCCGUUGUCAGGAUGACCACUGAUCCGACUUCACCUCCGACUCAGUGAUGAGCACGAGAAAAUGGCUGACGUGGGAGGAGCUAAGCAGACAGAAGAUUUAUGACGCAUUAAAAAGCAGCAAAGUAUUUUUCUAUGUGGAUACAUGAUACCUUUUUUAUCUUUAUGGAAUACAUAUUGUAAAUGACUGUGAUCUAUUAUUAUUAUUACUAUACUUUUGGAUUAACGGAUUUAAAUCUAAUCUGCCUGAAGAGAUCAGAAGCCUGUACUACGAAUCAAGAUUUGUGGUUGUUGAGAUAAUGUCAGGUUUAAUACCAGGUUUUAGUCUGUCGCCUAUUGCUUUUAUGGAUUCAGUUAUCUCCACCCGUUACCUUUUAAAAAAUUACUAGUCUGUUCUAUACUGCUGAUAUUGUACAGCAUUUCAAUGUUGAACAGUGGGAUAGAUAAAGUUUUAUUAUUACAGAGCGUGUUUUUUUCAGUGAAACGCUGUCAUAACACCAGAGGAAAAAAGUCAACUUCACAUUUUUAGAUCCACAAUGACAAAUCAAAUCAAACAUACACUACAAAAUCAAACAUACAACUACAAAAUGUUAUGUCUCAUUUAGUCAUAUACCCACUGUAAUGAAUAUAUAACACAAAAAAAAAAAAUUGCUCUUGUCUGUUUGUCUCAGAUCUCUGGAUUACACUCUGGAAAACAAUGACAUGCAUAAAAAAAAGUAAUUAUACUUGCUCUUAUUACUCUUAUCAAAUGAAGUGCUUAUAACUGUUCAAAUUAUACUGAGUAAACGCAAAGUUAAAGUAGAACAUUCUAGUUGCAUUGUGUCACUUCCCAUGAAAACGUUGUUGUUGUUGUUUUAAGUUUACGUCACGUUCUUCUCAUGUUUGAAAAGGAGUGAGAAGAAGUCAAUAACGUAUAUUUACUCCUCACCGCUUCUCCUUGAAAUGUGAAUUAGUUAAUCAACUCGGCUUCCUGUUGACAUCUUUUUUACAACACUUCAUCACAUAAUUCAUACUUAUAUAUAUAUAUAUAUAUAUAUAUAUAUAUAUAUUUAUAUAUAUACACACAUAUGUACACUCCUGCACAUAUACAAACCUAUACAAACGCACACAGACCAGCCAUCACCACCAACCCAGAGUUAAAUGGUGACAAAUCAAGUACAUCUUUAAAACAAACCCCUCUGUUUACGCCAUGUUUUGACAACCACCUCCUCUUCUAUGAUGUACCGUGUGAAAGUCAUGUCUUGAUACCUCAAUUCGAAUUGGUUCAUGUUUUGGAUUUCAUUUCACAUUCAUACAGUUCCACAGUUUCAUUCCAAACACUUGAGAUAAAAAAAAAAAAAACCUCUUCCUGGUCGUCCGAAACUAACUAAACUACUAAUUUAAUUUCCCUCUAGUGAACAGAUAUUUCUUCUGAAUUAGCUGCUGUGGUUUUGUUAAAGUAAACUAAAGUAGGAACACUGUUUACAUCUGUACAUGCUACAUGAAGGAUACUUCUCUGUAUCACCAUUCAGUGUGUUUUUGAUGUUUUUAGGAAAAACAAACAGUAAUGAAAAACUGCAGCCAUGCUGUAACAUUACCUGCACUAAAGCAGGUCAUUUUUCCUUGGCUAAGGAGCCCGUAUGAGAUUAAAUUAGGACACCCUUAUGUACUGGAAUCAUUUUUUAAAGAACUAUUUCAUGUAAUAUUGGUUAUACUGUGAAGCC